AUGCCUCCCCGGACACCCUUGGGGGAUUUCUUACUGCUAAGGUUGACCCCUGCUCCUGUGGAUCCUAUCAAGCUAGCAGGAGGGGUGGCAGUCUUCUGCGAUCCAAAGACCUGGCCCCGUGUGCCGCUUAGGCUGGAACCGGGAUGGGUGGGGGCAGUGGGGAUCCACCCCAAGAGUGCCGGGCAGUUUGAAGAUGCCACUCAGCACCGGUUUCACCAGCUGGUGACUCACCCCAGUGUGUCCGCCCUUGGAGAGGUGGGGGUGGAUUUCACGGUUGAGGAAAGAUUACAGGCCCGCCAGAUCUCGACCUUGAGGUGGGCGCUCCAGUCGUGUCGCUUUAACCAGCCUGUGGUUUUGCACAUAAGAGGCGACCGACUGGACCGGGUUCACGCCCGGGCUCAUCGUGAGGUCUUGAAGGUGAUGACGGGCCUGGCAAUCAAUCCGGUGCAACUCAUCCACCUUCAUUGCUUCCAGGGGGGGAUAGACCAGGUGAGGGAGUGGCAGAGCUCCUUCUGCAAUGCCUAUUUUGGUUUUGGAAUGGGCGUCCAUUCCUUCCACACCGAGCAGAAGGACGCCGUGAGGAUGGUGCCACCGCAUCGAAUCCUGUUGGAGAGUGACGCACCUUACUUUCCCCCGCCUCAUGCACGACAUGGCCACCCUCAUUACUUGUUUGAGGUGGCUAAGGCAGUGGGGGAGGUGAGGGCAGAAUCUCCACGGGAAAUACUGCGGUUGGCACGCCUCAAUGGUGGCCGACUGUACGGAGUGACCACAUAGGCUGGCCUCUGUCCCUCUGUGUAAAUAGUUGGAACAAGGAGAG